AAAUACUGGCUUGAGGAGAUGAGGGAGGGGAUGAGGUGGUGGACUGGGAGGUGGAUGGGGAGAGGGUGAAAGAGAGAAGAGGUGGGAGAAGAGGAGACAGGCUCUGCAGAUAGGGGGUAUCCAUAGGGAGAAAGGAGAGAGAUGUGCUUGGAGAGACUAGGGAAGGAAGCUGGCUCUCUGUGGUGGAGAAACAGGUGUGGGAGAGAAAGUGGGGAGGCAAGAGGAGUAGAGUGUAUAGGGGAGGGAACGGAAUAGCGAGGUGGGUGUGCAGUGAUGAGGGGGAGGGGCAGCGAGUGAGUGACAGAGUGUUGGUUGUGCAGGGAUUUUGUGUACAGUAGCAACAGUCGCCACUUGACGCACGUCCCUCACAGUCACCGCUCCCCUGGCUGGCUGACCGACCCGCGACCCGUGCUCAGCCUCGCCCCGCCAGUGUUGCUGCUCCCGCGUGCUCGUCAUGACGUGUUGCGCGGAAAAUACAAAUAGAAAGUCAGUAAUCUAACACGGGAUGAUUACUCGAUCCUUCCUCUCAAUGUUCGAAAUGAAAACUCUCCAAAAAACAAAAGUGUAAAGUUUGGAACGACGAAUGUUAAAGUAUCUCUUCGUGUAUACAUGACUGUCUGUCAUGGAAAGUGUAACCUAUUUUAACGAUCUGAGAGUCGUGUUUAAGCUUUUCCAGCGUUAGAUACCAGGCGCUCACAGUCUGCGUGCAAAUGUCGCCAAAAUGAAGCUGGAAUAUAAAAGGUGCCAUGGGUGCAGAUGAUGGAGGCGAGCGUGCAGACGGAGGCAGUGGCGGAGGAGGAUCUCGACUGGGACCUGAGCAACCUUGAGGACAAGGAAACGCAGACACUCCCCCAGAACCCUACGCCCUUCCAGCUAAACCGGACGGAUGCCUUCGUGCAGACAGACUAUCGCUACCUGCCACUCACUGCCGCCCCGCCCCGUCCCUCCACCAGUCUCCCCGUCAAGCUGGUGGACAGAGGGACACAAACAGAAGUCACCACCUCGUCCGUGUCCACACAGACAGAGGAGCCGUAUCUGCCGCUGGCCUCCUCCAUCCUUCAGCACGACAUCAGGUUUCUACCGGGGGACGCCAGCGAGGAGCGGGAGAAACAAGUACUGCUCUCAGAUGCCUCCUCAGGGCCCUCGAUAUCAGGAUUGGGGUCUGCUCUCCCCCGCCCUCAGGUGCUGCAAACUCUCCCAGGCACCGUCACGCCCAUGCUGCCGGACAGUCCCCCCAACUCCCCAGAACAUCCUCUUAGUUUACCCUUCGACGGCAGAGCGACGAGGAAGCGUGCGACUGAGCAAUGGAUGCACCUGAAGCAACUCUGCGUCACCAACAUGCUAUCUUACGCCGAGCCGAUGCAGACUCGCCUCCACCGCACUCGCAGAAUAAUGGUGGACGCAUGUGUGCAGACGGACAACGACAUCCUGACCGACGAGGCUCCGCAGUUCGCAGCAUGUCCGCCAAACUCCACCAAAGCCGCCCUGUUGUCCGAUGUAGACUUCACUGACAUCGAUGUGCACGUCCUCACCACGCCGGACGAGGUUACGGCGGAGGUGGACCAUCUGGUGCGUUACCUCGGCAAACAAACUACAAGCGAUCUGUAUCGACUGAGAGCCUUGUUCCGCUGGGUGACUGAGAACAUAAGGUUCGACUGGAAGUGCAUGGAGAAGAACCAGACAGCCGAGGAUGUGUUGGGGUCGCGGGCUGGAGUGAGCAGGGACUACGUAACGCUCCUGGUGGCCCUGUGUCACGCGGCAGGCCUCAGGGUGAAGAAGAUACACGGCUUUGCGCGGGGACGAGACUUCAAGCCAGGUCGUCAGUUUGACCCGGAGCGUGACCCCAGACACACGUGGAUGGCGGUGUUCUUGUACGGGUCGUGGCGCCUCCUUGACCCGACUUGGAGCGCAGGCUAUACCAACCUCCAAGGCAAGUUUGUUCCUCAUCCUCUGGAGCAUUACUUCCUCACGGACCCUCAGCACAUGAUUUACACUCACCUGCCCUACGAUACCCAUGAGCACAAUUACGACAGAUGGCAGCUUCUGGAGGAGCCCUUGAAUCUGGAGGAGUUCAAUGCCCUACCCAAGGUGCUGCCGGAGUUCUGGUCUUGCGGGCUGAGGCUGCACCGGCCCCUGCACAACCCCGUCGUUGUGAGGAACCAAAUCGAGGUGACUCUCAUGGCCCCCACUCUCAUCAGAUACAAGUACAAGUUUUUCCCAGACGACCAGGGUGAGGAUUCGUGCAUCAACCAGUGGGUGUUCUGCACGCUGAAGGAGGGCGGCGGCCAGGGUUCGUUCACAGUCAUUCCGCCAGAGUGUGCCAACUAUGUCCUCAAGAUCUACGCAGGCCCCGAACAACUGCUUGAUGACAAUGAAGGCGCGCUGGACCACGUCGUCUCCUUUUUGUUAAUGUGUGAGAAGGCCAGAAGAUAUCCCGUGCCGUGGCCUCUGCAUGACGUGGCGUGGGGUCCCAGCCCGAGACUGUACCAGUGUGGGCUGGACCCCGUCAACCAGUCAGGCCCAGUCAUUGUCACGUGGGGAGGAAAAAAGGUCGUCUACUUCGAAAAGGCGCUCGACGUCAUGCUCAUGUUCCAAGUGUUUGAUGCCAAUGGGAAUCAGCUCGACCACAAGGGACUCUUGGGACGAGAAGAGACGGAGGAGCAGCUGCGGCUGGUCAUCGUGCCGCCAGGAAUCGGUUACUUUAAGUUGCUAAUAUACGGCAUCCCACGGCCCCAGGUGGGUGCGGCUGUGGUGAGGGGGCGGUGGCGGCUUCCCCUUCUGGCUUCCUACCUCAUCGAGUGCAAGAUGAGUCUGCGAAGUCAAAGCAACGAUUCCACGACCAGCGUUAAGAAAGGGAAGAAGACCAGCAAGAAGAUUUCCAUAGUGCCAAGAAGAUAACAUGUGUGUCUGCCGCUUCGGACUAUAUUAUUUUUACAAGUGGUGGAGUCUUCAACCAAAACUGCUACAAAGACGUGUGGCAGGAAGCACGUAGCUACUGAUACUGUAUAUGUGAAGCAAUGUAGAUACUUUCAUUUUAAGAACUGUGUAAGAUGUAGACGUCUAAAUGUUAUUAUAUGACCAUGUUGAAAAGAUAUUUGUGAUUCAAAUUUUAUAUAGGAUUUUACAUUAUGACAAGCACAAAACGCCUUGUGAAUCAGGAGUAUUUUGUAAAAGAAAAUCUCGUCGCACAUUCUUUGACUGGUGGGUAAAAUCUCUCGUGCCGCGUUCCUUUCGUUGCUUUCCCGAAGACAUGAACGUGACAGAUUCACUCUUUACUGCACGAAGAGAAAUAACAAAUAAAUAGAAAAAAUACAACAAUACGCAGUACAGGAAACUUAAGAUAGAAAACUUCAUGUUAAUAUAGAAAAAAAAAAUAAAAA